AUUUACAGAAACAGAAAGUAGUGGAGAUUCAGGAUGUAGAAGCCACAAGAAGAGGGGAAAGGAGUAGAAACAAACAUUUCAGCAGUGACAUUUCAAGAAAGCAUAGCAUUAAAAAUCAUCACUCUAUUUUGUUGGGCGCAUACUCUGGCAAUGGUUGGAGGAGUGUGUUGGUGUUUUCCAUUUAGAGGCAGGAUCUCGGGGACCAGGGGAUCCGUAUUAAACUCCUGAGCCCGAGAACCAGUGUCACGUCACCUCUGUGACAUUCAAAUCAGGAGGACUGGAAGGAAGAAAGAAAAUUUUACCAGUAGGAUAUUUACCUGCUGUAUCUUCCCAGAGGUGGGGGGGCCACCUAGGAGCAGCACUGCUUCUUGCAGCAGCACGUCUGCUGGCAGCACUUCUGCUGGCAGCACUUCCCGCAGCCGCACCCGCACGAGCUGCACCCGCACGAGCUGCACCCGCAGGAGCGGCGGCAGCAGCAGACCACGGGGACGCUGCAGCAGCAGCCACAGCAGCCAGAACAGCAGGGGCAGCAGUUGACACGGUAGCACCUGCAGGUGGUACAGCUGCCACAGCCACCACCGCAGCCUCCGCAGCCUCCGCAGCUACCACAGCCUCCGCAGCUACUGCAGCCUCCGCAGCCUCCACAGCCACUGCUGCAGCCACCGCAGCCACCGCAGCCUCCACAGCCACAGCACCCCAUGGUGUCAGUAGAGAGGACUCAGGACAGGUGAGUCUCAGGCAACUCUACCGCUUUGAAACAGUAGAUGAGAAAAUACUUCGGAAAAUACUUUGGAAAGAUCAAACAGUGGACUGUGCUGACAGUAAUCACAGUAAAGUACCCGGAAUGGACUUACCUACUACGCACUUGUGCUUACUUCCUUUCUUCUACAAAACCUAGAAAUAGAAGCUCUGGUGACAAAGACACAGAUGGGAAAGAAGCUUUAUUGAGCAACUACUAUGUGCCUAGAACCAGAUUGAGCAGUUCCUGAGACAACUUUGUGAGCCAUGGAUUGUUUCAAAACUUUGUCAAGUCAUUCCUGGAUUUAUCCUACUGUGAUCCUGUGCUUAUUUGGAUUUUUCUCCAUGAUGAGACCCUCAGAACCCUUCCUUAUCCCGUAUUUAUCUGGACCAGAUAAAAACCUGACCAGCUCAGAGAUCACAAACGAGAUCUUACCAGUUUGGACAUACUCUUAUCUGGUGCUGCUGCUCCCCGUGUUCAUCCUCACUGACUAUGUCCGCUACAAGCCAGUCAUCAUCCUGCAAGGGAUCAGCUUCAUCAUCACCUGGCUGCUGCUCUUGUUUGGCCAGGGAGUGAAGACAAUGCAGGUUGUAGAGUUCUUCUAUGGGAUGGUGACUGCCACCGAGGUGGCCUACUAUGCCUACAUUUACAGCGUGGUCAGCCCAGAGCACUACCAGAAAGUGAGUGGCUACUGCAGGAGCAUCACACUGGUGGCCUACACAGUGGCCUCCGUGCUGGCCCAGCUCCUGGUGUCCCUGGCCAACGUAUCGUACUUUUAUCUCAAUGUCAUAUCCUUGGCCUCUGUCUGUGUGGCCUUUCUUUUUUCACUUUUCCUACCAAUGCCUAAGAAGAGCAUGUUUUUUCAUGCAAAAUCCAACAAAGAGGUACAGAAACCAUCAAACAAAAAUACAGUGUCAGAUGAACCUUCCAAAGUUACCACACAAGAUGGUGAAGAGAUACCCACUUCAGAAAUACCAACCAUUUCAGGGAACCUGGAUGGUGCUCCGGUGAAUAGCCCAAUGCCUAAAAAUUUGGUUUUAAGUGUUUUUGUGCAGUGGUUCCAAGAUUUGAAGGAAUGCUACUCCUCAAAGCGUCUUUUUUACUGGUCCCUCUGGUGGGCCUUCUCUACAGCAGGUUUUAACCAAAUUUUGAACUAUGUUCAAAUCCUGUGGGAUUACAAGGCACCAUCCCAGAGUUCUUUCAUCUAUAAUGGGGCAGUAGAAGCUAUUGCAACCUUUGGAGGGGCCGUGACUGCCUUUGCAGUGGGCUACGUGAAAGUCAACUGGGAUCUUCUGGGAGAGUUGGCUCUAGCGAUCUUCUCCAUCAUCAAUGCAGGCUCUCUGUUUCUCAUGCAUUACACAACUGACAUCUGGGCAUGCUAUGCUGGCUACUUGAUAUUCAAGUCCAGCUAUAUGCUUCUUAUAACCAUAGCAGUAUUUCAGAUCGCGGUUAAUCUGAGUGUGGAACGCUAUGCCUUGGUGUUUGGAAUGAACACCUUCAUGGCCCUGGUGAUCCAGACCAUUAUGACAGUGAUCGUAGUAGAUCAGAAAGGACUCAACCUGCCAAUCAGCAUUCAGUUUUUAGUUUAUGGGAGUUAUUUUACAGUUAUUGCUGGCAUUUUUCUAACGAGAAGCAUGUACAUCAUCUACUCAACCAGAUGCCAAAAGCAAGCACAGAGACCAGCUACAAGUCAGAAUCCAGAUGAGCCCCACCCAGAGGGGCUAAGGAAUGUCAUUACAGGAACAAAGCUCUAACCUUAUGGCAGCCACUGCAUCCGCUGGGCAAGGAUCCUCCUGGUCAUAAAGUUACUAAGUUCCACAAAUUGGUACACUUCCUAAGUCUGGUUUUCAACAAACCUUUUCAAAACCACAACAAAAUCUCAGUUUUAGACCGGCUACUAUGUGUCCAUCUGUAUGCAGUCAACAAGGCCCAUCAUCUCGAUCAAAUAGCUUAUGUUGGGGACCCCAGUGAGUAGCAAGAACUGAGAUAUUCUGGUUUUGAUUACUCACUAGGACAUACACAUGGCAUGGAAAUAAACUAUGAGAAAACACCAGUCAUCCUGGAGUUGAAGUUCUCCAUUCAUAAACAGAAAUACUAACUGGACCAACCCCUUUGCUAGGUUUAAAUAUUUGUUUUAUUUUACCAAAACAGACAAGAGAUGGGACAUUUUUUGUCACAUAGUUAUUUUCCUUAUUUUAUCAAGUAUAUUUCUAUAUAACUUGCAGUGCUCUGAGAGAAUCUCCAGGUCUGGUCCAGUUUCUAAGGACCCCUCUUCAAUCCUGAUAACAUGGCAUUGUUCACAAACUACUAUUUGAUAAUAUCACCAUUUGAUUUUGUCAUGAUUACUUUUUACUUUGUGUUAUUCUGAGUGUUGUUGAAAUUCUAUCUCAGGAAUAGCCCCAGACAUUCCUGUGUAUCCACAGAAUGACAUUCAAGUCAAUUCCUGGUGGCCUAGGGGAGGAAGUGAGCUUUCUCCCUACCAUGACUCCAGAUAGGUCAUGAUAUGUCAGUUUGAUCUCUGUCUAAAACAGAAAAAUGUAAGUGGAAAUUUCCAGGAAUUUCUGAAAAUAUUUGUAAAUAAAAAAAAAUAAUGAUGGGGCCAGCAGCGAGGGGGACAUCUAAUUUUUAAGUGGCAGAGAUUGUCCUACAUAAAAUACUAUGUGCAAAAAUAUUAAAUUGCCUUUCUAAAUUCUUGAUGAAUUGUGCUAAGAAUCAUCUGUGCUUGUAUGUCCUUUGAAACUUCAAUAGAAGACACAUGGAAUAAUCUGCCAUGGAAAUAAAGAAUGCCGGUUCAAGA